AAUGACGUCGUUGAUGGUUGGUCGAUGUUCAUGGAAUCAUGGCAAUGGCUUCUACUUUCUCAAACUAGCUUGAUGGAAAGCAAAAUCAAAUCCAGAGAAAAAUUACGCAGCAUGAUGCAUCGGCUAUCGGAAAUUUGAAACUAUGCCCGUAUGAGCAGUCCGCCGCUACUGCAUAUGUUUAUUUGUAUGGAAAUCUAAAUCCGCGACUUGAAAAGUACGUGUUGAAAUCUUGAAAUCGCCAACGGAGCACCGAACGUCUGUAGACGUAAUCUUCGUUCCUUCGGACCAGCUCGAUGCGAACAAUUGCGAUACGCGGUGCGACAUCCCGAGACAAACAUUGCACUAGGUGACAUGCCUAGCAGUCGCGAUCCUCAGCGUACAGAACGUAAUGGAAGAUUCAAAUCUAGGCGAAGAGAGAGUGCAAACAACGAAGUAAAUCGUCACAGUUUCGAGGUUACUGACAAAAGGCACAGGAAGCAUGGAAAAAGUAAGAGUUCUGGUCGGAAAAAGAAGAAGCGGUCGCGAGACAAGUCCCUAGAGAGUUCAACGAAAGUAGCGACUUCACUGAAACCAUUGGUAGAGUAUUCGGACGUAAGCAGUGAAGAUCUCUCUGAACCAGAGGCAGGAGAAAUACAAUCUGAGGACAGUAGAGGUAACAGUUAUACUGACGGUGAGGUGCCUGACCCUUUGUUGCAGAGGCGUUACUAUGGGGGAGGAAGUCCUGCUCGAAAUCUUGGGACAUCGCCUGUCAGUCUUUCGCCAACUCCUCCAGUGCAACAUAGACACCCAGUUAGACACUACUCGCUUAGCGAAGAUCAGCAACAGCAACAGGUUAUGCACAGAAAGUCACCAGAAUUUGCAGAUGACGCCAGGAGGUUUAAAAGAAAGGAGAAGAAACACAAACGCGAGAAGAAAAAGAAGAGAAGUUUGAGUCCCUGUCCGAGUACGGGUAAGAAAAAGAAGAGAAAAUCUAAGCGCCACUCUCCUAGUGUCAGCCCUUCACGAGUCAUUGACGGCACUCAUUCACUCACGCCUGAUCAUGAUAAAACGGAUGAUAACUGGCCAAAGUCGCCACCCUUACCUUUAAAGGAUGAUACUUCUCCUAUAUCGCCUCCAACACCCCAGGACAAUCGUGUCCUAAGUGAUAUGGAUAUUGACUCUCCUGAUCGAGAUGUUCGUAAUGUGACUAUAUCCCCCACCGUUCCCCUUUCCCCGCACACUCCCUUGUUGCCACCAAGACAAUUAUCGCCAGAGUGUAACAAGGUGAACCACGGAAUGAAGCACAGCCCCGAAAGGCAAAAACACAGUCCGAUAGGACACAUGCGACGGAAUAGCAUCAGUCCGAGCCACGGAUCUAGUCGCAAACGCCCCCAUAGCCCAAGUCCAAUACCAAGAAGAAGGGAUCACAGCCCACCGAGAAGAAGAGAAUUCAGUCCGAGUCCAAUGCCAAGAAUGAGGCAUACUCCGAGUCCAUCGGCUCUCAGACGAAGAGAGUUCAGUCCUAGCCCUGGGAGGCACAGGCGCAGGGAAAUGCCUAGUGGAUCUCCUUCUAAUAAACGUAGGCGUAGAGAAGAAAUGGAUCGAAGGCACAAACAUCAUGAUAAGGAGAGGAGAGAAAAGAGGAAGUCUGGAUCAGUCAGGAGUCCUAUGGGGAAUAGAUUGCCAAUGCCACUCUCUCGAUCUCGUUCAAGAAGUCCUAGACCCUGGAGAAAAGGAGGCCAGUCUCGUUCGAGAUCGCGGUCUCGCAGAAGGAGUCGUACUCCAAAGAAGUCUCGUUCACCAAUCAAGACUCACAAAUCUGCCAGAAAGCACAAAUCUAAAAGCCCUAGACCCUCGAGAAUACCUUCUCCUUCACCCCAUCGCCCGAGAGCCAGAAGUCCGUCGAGCAUUACUGCGAAGAACCUUAGAGUGCAAGCCAAAAUCAGUGAAACAAGUCUCUUCGCGGAAUUAGUGAAGAACAGAAACAUGAGGGAAUUGGCUCUAAAGAAACUGCAAGCGGCUAACGAGAAGGCCAACAGUCAAGACGACGUGCAGAUUAUCGAAGGGACUGAUGAGAAGGACGGAAGUAAUGCAUCCUCAGAGAACAAAACUUUCAACGACAGCGAGAAAGACAAAGCUUUCAUUGCCGAGAAAUGUGUAAGCGCUAUGGAUAUUCCAGCGUCGAUUCCAACGACAGUCACGAUUGAGGACAUUAAUCCCAUAGCAGCAAGAACUCCACCUUUACCAUCAACUCAAGUUUCUCCAAUGACGAUUGUGACGACUUCGCCUCGACAGGCAGCUGUAUAUAAUUCCCCAGGCCCACUUUCUGGAGCAAAUAGCCAGACAGCAGUCGCCAAUAACGUUUAUGUUACAUCUAGUGUUCUUCCACCAGCUCCAGCUCCGCUGUUGCCACAAUCUGAGUCUGCGAAAGUCCCUAUUCAAGUAUCUGCUUCAGUGCCUAUUCCUGUACCAGCUCCUGCCCCUGGUCCGUUGCACACUCCGGUGCCAACGCCGUCGCCGAUCGCCGUUCUCCCCAAUUUGUCUGUUCCGCCGCCUCCCUUGCCCACCCCAGUUCCUGCACCAAAUUCUGCAAUGGCCAAGUUCAACACCCCGAAUAAUUUGGUCCCUAUCAAGUCAGUGGAUCCACCAAAACCUCCGAUCGUUGCUUUUAAGACAAAGAGUUUGUCAAAAUUACCACUACCUCCCGGAAUCAAUCAGAACGACUUGGAAAGUAUCGACUCUCCGCCAAGUCGUUCUCCAAGUCCACCGCUAAGGGUGCCAGUCAGGCCCUCACAUACACCUGCGAAGCCUGUGACCAGGAAAAGUAUCAAGGAUUUGCCCAUGCCUCCAGUAGUACCUGGUUCAGAAGACUUGAGCGGAGAAGAGGAUCCGAACGCGACACCGCCAACAAGCCGAAUAGGAAGAGUACCUGUUAAGAUGAGGUUAAAACGACCCAAGAUUCUGAAACGUCGCGGUUCACGAAAUCUUAUACCCAUGUAUACUAAAGAAGAAGAAGGAAAAGGUUCAGAUGUUUUCGAUCUGAUUACUCAAAUAGGAGAAGGUACAUACGGUCAGGUGUACAAAGCUUGGGACAAACGUGCUAACGUUGUUGUCGCUCUCAAGAAAGUUCGCUUGGAAAACGAAAAAGAAGGGUUCCCAAUUACGGCUGUACGAGAAAUAAAAAUUCUUAGACAACUCAAUCAUAAAAACAUUGUAAAUUUGAGAGAAAUUGUCACCAAUAAAAAGAAACCUGAGGACUUUCGAAAGGACAAGGAUAAAGGUUCUUUCUAUUUGGUCUUUGAGUAUAUGGAUCACGAUCUAAUGGGUUUAUUAGAAUCUGGAAUGGGAGACUUUAAUUGCGAAACUAAUGCAAGCAUCAUGAAGCAAUUACUGGAGGGUUUAAACUACUGCCAUGGCAAGAACUUCCUUCACCGUGACAUAAAGUGCUCUAAUAUUCUCAUGAACAAUAGAGGUGAAGUCAAGUUGGCUGAUUUUGGACUCGCCAGGCUUUACAAUGCGGAAGAUAGACAGCGACCCUACACGAAUAAAGUUAUUACUUUGUGGUAUCGACCUCCAGAAUUACUUCUUGGAGAAGAACGGUACGGUCCUGCUAUCGAUGUGUGGAGUUGCGGCUGCAUUCUUGGAGAACUGUUUUUGAAAAAGCCGCUUUUCCAAGCAAAUGUAGAGAUGAUGCAACUAGAAAUGAUUUCUCGAAUCUGUGGGACCCCGACUCCCGCGGUUUGGCCUUCUGUGAUAAAACUGCCUCUCUGGCACACGCUCAAGCCAAAAAAAUCGCACAGACGGUGCGUCAGGGAGGAAUUUGCCUUCAUGCCGGGACCCGCUCUCGAUCUUCUUGACAAGAUGCUCGAAUUGGAUCCCGAAAAAAGAAUCACGGCCGCUGAAGCACUCAAAAGCACUUGGCUCAAAGAUGUGCAUCCUGAACAAAUACCGGCACCGAAGCUUCCAAAAGACCAGGAUUGCCAUGAGUUGUGGAGCAAAAAGCGUAGAAGACUUUUGCGAGAACAGGAGAUUUCGGCGGGAAAGGGUUCUCUUCCACCUCUUCCAAAUGAAGGAGGCCCUCAUAGAAAUAAUGAGGAUCCGUCGGACUUCGGGGGAUCGUCCAAAAGACUGAAAAUGGAGUCCGGUUACAAUACACAUGUUAGACUCAGCGAAGCACAUUUUGACGGAGAUGCUUUAUUCAAUCAAGAUAUUCCAUAUGGUUCCUCUCCGUUGGGGUAUUAUUAUAAUAGUACGCCGCCUAUCAAACCUCGAUCUAAUAUGAAAGGAGAUGCUUCUCACUUUCUGGAAUUCAAUGCCGAAGAUAGCCUCGCUCGCAAACUGAGUUUUCUGACGAGUUCACUGAGUCAAGGGAAACCAAUCAUCGUUGAAGAUCUGAUGUCACUACGCACAGAUGACGAGACGGAUCCGAAAGUGGUGCAGCUUUUAGGAGAACUACACACAGAGCUUCGUUUAGCAGCAAACACCAGAUUAAGUGGACAGCUCGAAUCUCAUCUACCAGUAUUGAAUCCACCGGCAAUAGAUUCAUACUUUUCAGCUACGACUUCGGGUCAAAAGGGACAUUUCGACGCACAUGCGGUUUACGCAGGUGACGAUGCAGUGAGUGCUGGAAGGUGGUCGCAAUUAGCGACAGCUGGGGUGCGAUCUGCAUUAUCAGCGCUAAUGUUACGCUUCGGGCUGGACACCUACAAUCAUCCAAAUGCCACCAUCCGACCGCCAGGUAAUCCGGUUGUCAGUCUGGCAAAUAAUCUCCCUUCGACAUCCUCACAGUCUGCAUUCGGCUCUUAAAGUUAUAUGUACAUAAAUAAUUGAGACGAACCGUAAGCGCUGUGCAAAACAACAUCAAGUAGCCGAUUCAUUGUUUUCUAACUAGAGAUUAGAAAUAGGAUACAGUGUCCGGUGGGUUUUUGAUCUGUCAACAAAAAAGGGAUCAAGGUUUGUUGCGCGGAGCUACGUAGCUUUUAUUUUAUAAAAAAGAAUAAAUAGUCCUUACAAAAAUUUACUUUGGCAUUGAAAAUUUGCUUACCAUGCGGACUUUCAAAUUUCUAGUUAAGCACAGUUAAAAAAAAGUUCAUGUCAUUUUACUCUAUCUACGUUGGAAAUUAAUCGAUCCGCGUCUAACGAUCUAAGUAUACACCCUUUUGUGAAAAUAUAAGUAAAUUUUGGAAAAUCUCAUUGUCAUUUAAGUUGACUAGCGUUGUAAAUUUACUACUUCGGAGUGCAUCAAAUAAUUUCCAAUAAUGGGCGUAGCGAUUUUACAACGGUUUGUGAAUAGGCAAGUGUUAUUUCACAUUUUUCUAUUAGACUACAGUUGCUAAUAAGUAAUCGUUUAUUGUAAAUUUAUCAUGUUAUUCAUUUUGGUUCUAAAACACGCUGUAAUUAAAAUUACAACACAUUGUAAAUAUCAUACAAGCUUUUUUUUAACGUGCAAACCAUCUGUGAUAAGUGCAGAAUUAAAAAGUCAUCGCAAAAAUAAUUCUGACAAUGGUCGAUUGAUGCGACACAAUUACUAGACGAUAUUAUAUCAUUCUCCGUUCACCAUUCUGUUGACCGGAGAUUUAUUUGCGGUGAGAACAGCGAGUAAAUUUAAAAUAAAUUUUUCUUUCGCUGUGUUACAGUUAAAGUUGAGAGGAGCAUUGUGGUGAAUUAGUUGACGAUGACUGUAUGUGUAAGCAAGUGUAGUUGAUUAAUCGAGAUACCAAUACCGAGUGAAACUCAAUGCAUUGUAAAGUUUAAUUGAAUUCUUAAGCAUUCUAUUUAAGAUUUUAUUAGAUAUAGUCUGUGGAUAUGUUUAUAGGAUGUAAUAUGUACAUAACAUUAAGGCAUUGGUGCUAAUAAAGGAGCAGACCUCAAAAAUCUUAGGCUUUUCCCAGUAAGUUAAUAGUUCCGAGGUCGUGAUUACAUUAAUUAUAAAAAUGGGAAAUCGUCAUAUUCUCGAAGUGCACGAUGGGAUACUCAAAAGGUUUAUCAUUUCUGAGUUAUUCAAGACAAAAAUUAUAGCCUAAAAACUAAAGAACAAAUAACUUUUCUAAAACUCUCGUUUUAUAAAUAAAUUUGGAGGGUAAAGA